GCACUUGCACUACUGGGGGCGGGGUUAGGGUUGGCGCCAUUUUGUUUUUACCGCGCGGCGAAGGACACUUGUUUUGAAGAACCCUAGCUCUAGCCUUCUUAUCUGUAGAAUUAAGGAUUCUAGGAUAAGUCAUGGCAAGCUCUGAAUUUACAUAUAAACUGACCGAUGAGGAUAUAAAGAAUCUGAUACGACUCCGGACCACCAACUCAUUGCUGUUCACCAGGAAAAGAAAUGCAGCCAAGGCAGCUUGGAGUGCAAUUAUUAGGGAGCUGGGCUUGGACGACAAGGUAACAGUGGAACAGAUUGCCAAGAAAUGGGAAAACUUAAAGCUAAAAUACAAGGAAAUCAAAUACCCCCCUCCUGGCAUGGAGGCAGUUACAAGGUCCACUCAGUGGAGAUGGUUUCAACUCUUGGAUGAAGCAUUAAAGGAUGAGUUUAACUUAGAUGAAAGCUUUCACUCAAUGACAUCAUCAGUAAGUGACGAUAACUGUGGCCCACAGGCCAGCAAGAGGAUAUGCCAGGUGAAAGUAGGAAGUGAUGUAUUAGAACUACUGGUGGAUGAUGAUAGUAUCACACGAAUCAGCGAUUCAGGACCGGCUAUACUGAGCCAGGAGAGGCUUCUGGGAGAGGAGAAACCUACAAUGCUGUCAGGCCUGGACAUUGAGCGGACCAGGUUAGCCCAAGAACGACAACUUCUCGAAAAGGAGCUUGAAGAGCUGGACAGGGAAAGACUGGUAUUAGAGAGAGAAAAGGAUUUGGCUGACCGGGAGAAGCUGGCGCUGCAGAGAGACCGAGCACAGUUGGAGAAGGACAGAGCUGCUGUGGAUAGAGACAGAGCAUCACUAGAACAGGACAGAGCCCGGCUGGAGAAAGACAGGGCAGCAUUAGAGAGGGAUAAGGCAGCACUUGUGAGAGACAGAGAGACUCUGAAAUCUGAGAAUCAAGGAAAAAACUCUACAGAGUGCAGUCUCGAUACUCCACAUGAGAAGAACCGAGAGAAAUUGAUUCUCUUGUUUGAGAGACUGAUCGAAAAGUUUUGAGACUACAAUAGUUCUGGUGUCAUCAGAGGUUAAAUUGGUAAAAAAAGAAAUUCCAGUGUAUUUUUGUUUUUUUCCUCCCUCAUACAGUAGAAACAGGAACUAAAGUUGUUUUUAAAUUUUUUUUUAGUUCAAAGUCAGAUUUUUCUACAUUUUUGGGUCCAUUUCUCAUACAAAUAUUAAGAGUAGUAUUUCCUUAUGAAAUAACAUACAAGCAACCAUGAUUCGGGAUAGAACUGGCCCAUUUGUAAUGUAUAUGUCAUGAAUCGUUAUCAUGUUUGCACUGCGUUGCUACUUGUAUAUUUCAUUCCAGAGAGAGUAACUGUUUAAAAUUCUGACUGUCAUCUUUUGUGUAAAAAAAAUAUCAAAAGCUUUAUUGUAAAUAUAAAAGAAAGUGUUUGGAUUAAAUCUGUUGUAUGUUUAUAAAUCCCAA